GCUCCUCAUUUGCAUAUGAAUAAUCAAUAUGGUUCUAAUGUUUCCUCCUAUCUCACUAUGUUUAUGCCUAGCAGCGCAUAUCGCAAGUCAAAUGAGCACGGAUGGAGGAGUGGUUGGGGUGUUGGUAGAGCAGGGGUGGUGCCGGCCCCUCAUUUCCCUCACAUAUUACUGAGGUCUGGAUCACAUUUGAAACACAUGUUACUGCUCCAAGACUGUGUGCGGUUUGGCAGCUCCAGAGAGGAAGACACUGACAGGGGAUUUAAUGGGCAGGGGACUUGGAUCGAUUCACAGCCAGACAGACAAGCAUCAAAUAAAGGAAGACAGAGACACACCAACAAGCAAAUAAAGAGACACGUUUAGGGCAGGAGGACAGCAAGCCAAGCAGCCAGUGGCAAAGACCGAAGGGUAGGCACAAAUAACAAAUACAGCCAUACUGACCUUUCAUAAGACCUCCCCAGCUCCAGCCCAGAUCUUGAGGGAGAGGAACUAAGUGUGUGGCUGUAGUCCUCCACCUCAGGGCCUUUUACACAGACAGACCACAGUAGGAUGUGGAGAAGUGCAGACUGAUAGAGAGGGGAAGUUAUACAUAAGGCAUCGCUACCAUUCCAUGAAACAGCUGGCCCCAUGUGCUACGGAGAAGUCUGAGGUCCAGACUGGAGUAGCCUUUAUUGGAGGUGGAACUACUAGGAGGAGCAGGAGAAAGAGAUGAAUGAGAGUCUGAACACGGAGGAGUGUCCACAGAUCAUCUAGCAAGAGGCCCUGAAACACAGGCCCUGAAAGAAUUUGGACCAACUGGGAAAAGUCUGCUAAUAAGGCUUACAAGACGUCUUCAAGGGAAUCCUGACUUUGGUUUUUCCCAGGCAGUUCUCGGCUUUUUACUGCUGGUAGACUACUUGCUUAACAGGACACCUCGGGAUCUGCAUCAAAGCUUCAGCAAUACGAGGCGCAUGUUUUAGAGCCUCUCAAGCCCGCUCCAUUUGGCUCGGGGGUGUCUAGGUCGCUGUGACAGGUUGCAUCUGGCUCAGACACACACGCACAUACUCCUGUGUGCCUGGGAGUUCAGGAGUUUGUGUGUGUGUCAUAUACCCACAUUGAGAGGAUUGAGAGUGUGUGGUCUGAGGUGCUCAGCUGGUCUGGGAAACAGUGAGUCUACGGAGCGGCAGCCAGCUCUAAGUGGCUUUUAGCAGCAGUAAAAGGAGACAGGCUUCUUACCGCUGAGACCGAGCACUUUUCUCAAAGAAACUGCAGAGCCAAGGGCUGGUGAUGAAGAUAAAACAGACCGUGUGCAGAGUGUCCUGUUUGGUAACUCUGGUGGUGGAGCUGAGCUGGCUGAAAAUGGGCCACAGCAUGCACAGACAAGAGGAGAGUAGGGUAACGAGUCAGGAGAAGUGGGAGAGGGAGGUGAGGUCGGCCUCCAGUCUGGAUGAGCUGCUGAGACUGACAGACUUUCCUGACUGGAAGCUGUGGAAGUGUCGCCUCAGACUGCAGCAACCAGGGGCUCAGACAGAGGCCCAUUCCUCUCCCUCUUCCUCUUCGUCUUCCUCUCCCUCUAUGUCUCCAGCAGGAUCACACCGGUCCACGCGCUACGCUUCAGAAUGGUACAGCCUGGAUAUACUUAAAGCCAUAGAUGAAGAGUGGCAGCGGACCCAGUGCAUGCCGAGGGAAACCUGCAUUGAUGUGGCCAAGGAACUGGGCACCGACCCCUCAAUGUUCUUCAAGCCGCCUUGCGUGUCUGUCCACAGGUGCAAUGGCUGCUGCAAUCAGGAGGGUGUCACCUGCAAAAACACAAGCACCACAUAUGUCAAUAAAACUCUCCUGAGUGUAGUUCCAUCCAAGUUUAGACCGGAGCCCGUGCUGAUAAAAGUAGCUAAUCACACAGAGUGCAGGUGCAUGGAGCCCGCCAUAAUCAGACGCAAUGCCCGGCCUCAUGGCAGGACGUGCUGCUCGUCCAUGUGCCAGCUGUCGGAGGUCGAGGACUCCAGGAGACUCUGUGCCAGUGGGCUGAUCUGGGAUUGCAUGUCAGAGAGAUGCAUUCCCUACCCCUCCAGUAAACCAGAGUUAACACUCAGUUCAUGGAUGCCUGACUGUGAGAUCGAUGUGGAGCGCUGUAGCUGUUUGCCUCGACCCCAGCUGUCCCUCAACCCCAGACCUGUCUAACACUGUCCCCUCAACUCCACCAUCUGUGCCAACAGGAGACAGCACUUUGACCACCGCUCCUGCAGGUGCAAGUGACACAGCGCAUGAGUCCAGUGUGGGAAUAUAUUUCGACAAUCUGCCUGAGAAGUAUGGAAGCAGAGUAAAAAAAGACUCAUAAUUUAUUUACAGUCUUAUUUAUGCCAAUCACUUUAACUAAUUAAAAUCCUUCUUUAUAUUUUUUUUCCUGAGAUGAUAAUAACUCACAUGACCAUGUUAAUAGAUUUUUUAACAUGCUUACCUUAUCAAAUCAAUGUGUAAAGUUUAUGAUUUGUACAUUUGUCUUUUGUGCACUGAACAAACCUUUAGUUUAUAUUAAAAGAAUGAUAUUUUUAUAAUUUGAAUUUGUUAUGCACAUGUGGAUUGUUGCCUGUCUGAUUGU